GAUUUUCCCUCGACACUUGCUACACUCACAUCGCCACAUUGCGCUAUGCCGUCAUCUCGAAAUUCGGAUCACAGUCAAACGGUCGCAGGCGAGGAAGCUGUUGCAGCCUGGUUGAAUUCCCUCCAUAAGCUUGCCACGCGCUCGAUCUACGAUAUGUCUUCCACGGUGAAGGACUGUAUCGAGACACCGGAUUCUGUCGCAGAGGCUCGCAUCUACAUGGGCACAAUGAUAUCAACUGUUCGAACGUGGAUGGGAGAGACCCGUAGCAAGGGCAGUGGGCCGCCAAACGAGCUAGUUGACGCACUUCAUUUAACCUCAGACAACGAAAGGCCGUUAAGAGAGGACGCCGUUAUCCUUUUUGACAAACAUCCCCUACCACGUUUCCUUCUACUUGCUUGUGUACCGGACUCGGAAUCGGAGCGCAAGCGAGCUCGUGGCAAUCCACACCUCACCGCAGCUGAACAAGCUGUUCUGUUAGAAGCUGCUUUCCGGAAAGAGUACCUCGGAGGGGCGUUGACGCGGUUCAUAACUGCGUUGGAGUUACACAAGGAGGACUACAAACUAGAUCAGCACUACGGCCGUGUCAUCGCCAUCGUGCAAUCUAGCGGUUCUGGUAAAUCACGUCUGGUUAGAGAGCUUUCAAAGAAAUAUCCCCUCCUCAGUGUGUGCUUCCGAGAUGAUGCUAAGCCCACCACUGGGUGGCCUCCAGGCGAUAUACCUCCAAAGAACUUCUUCGCGCUGCAUGCUCAGACGGGACAUUAUAAGGGCGAGGAACAGGCCGCCGCUUUCUUGGGUGCGCUGAUGGAGGUCAUCACCGAGAAGAUAGAUAUUUCAAAGAAUGAUAUACUGGCUGGUUGGGGUUAUCCUGCACCGGGGGAGGAAGAACAAAGCACUAGGAGACGACUUCUGCAACUAGCCAUGGAUCGUGCGACCAGCGCGUUAUCAACCCACGUUUCUUGGCUAAAGUCGGAGCGCGAGUGGAUAGCUCGCCUCAAAGAGAUGAGUUCCCCGGAUCAAACAGGGAGCGAUGGCACUUCAGCACAAACCAGCUCUUCCUCCCCAAAGAACAGAGACCUCCCUUUAACUGCGUCUCCCGACUGGCACAGGAAACUCUUCGCAAAGUUCUGCACCAAAGGUUUCAGUGCUCUUAGCGAGAAGCUUGCGGCACUCGGACACCAUACUUUCUUCCUCGCUUUGGAUGAAUGUGCUGAACUAGGCGAAGAGGCGGAGCGUAAUGAUAUAGAACCCUUGUCACACAUCACUCUCAUUGCCAUGCAGAGGAUCCUUAAGGCAGCAGACACUCUGGACGCCAAGGUUCAGUUUUGGUUUCUUCUCCUCGAUACGAACUCCAGUGCGUAUCUCCUUGCGCCAUCGGGACCACGAGCCAAGUCCGGCCGCUUGGUAAAGGGAAUGUCGCCCCUCGUCCCAUUCGUUUAUCUUGGCUUCAAUCAGAUGGCGCAUGGAAUCACGAUCGAAACGGCACGAGAAGCGCUUAGUGUUGAACAUCUUCAACGAUUUGGGAGACCAUAUUGGUCAACGAUGCCGCCUUCCAUGGUAGUCCAAGCCGCGAGCGAGAAGUUAUUCUUCCAACCCAAAGACGGUUCCGCCGAGUUCUAUCCCGGCCAUAUUCAUCACGUCUUCGCUGCGUUCGCUUCACGUGCUGCUCUCGAGUUAUGCAACAACGAAAUGGGAACACGCCUCGCAGCCGAAGCCGUUAGCCAUCAUAUGCGGAUCGUAACUGCUGUUGUUGGCGACAAACUCGAGACCAAGGCCCCAUCGGAGCCCGCUCUCGCCCUUGCCGCAGCUACUGCGUUGACCGCUAACGAGGAGGUGUACAAGGUGGCGUUGAACGCUCUGCUCUCGGAGUUGGUUCUCAAAGACCUUAUUCUCAAUCGCGGAGAUCAGGCCGAGCUCUGCAGUCGCCUGCUCUUCAUCCUUGCCCGAGAUCAGGCCGCGCUCUCAGUUCAUGGACGAUUGAUGAACGACGACAAGACUCGUGUGCAUGCAGUCACACUCGCAGCUGUGCUCGAGACGCUGCUCGGUCCCCAGUAUGGUUGCCCUGACUCCACGUCGUCGUUACUCCCCAAAAUCCGAACAUUCUGUCAGGCGCGUUUUGUCCAUUGGGCGCACUUCCAUACCCUGACGAGGAUACUCGACGAGAUACCGAUUGAAAUGCUCGAGUGGGCCUGGUUCGUCGGCGCUGCCAUUCAGUGUGCACAUAACCAGCCCGUCAUCGACGGUUUUAUGGUCCACUACUUCGGCGACCUCGACGAGCCAUAUGAUCGGGAAUGCCUAGGCAUCCUCGCCUGGAAAACCAAGGCAAAGGAGGAGAGUGCCUCGCAAGAACUCGGAUCGCUCCUCACCGUUCCGCCAAUCGUGUAUAAAGAUCGCAGUGGUACAACGCGACGUGUCAAGGACCAGACGAUCGUACUGCUCAUGGACCUCUGUAGUGAAGCCGGUAUUGGACAUAAGACAGGACCGAGGACCCAACUAUUGCAUCGCUCAGCCGCCACUCCGUACAACGCACCUAACUUGACUAACACACAGAAGGACAGGGUUUGGAAAGGAUAUUGCGACCCAGCGCGUGGAGAGAGAGAGCCGCAGAACUUUUUCAUCAAUAUUCGCGGUCGGGACCCGGAGCAGUAUCCCGUUACGAAGGAUUACAGGGAGCCAUUCCGCGCACUCUUUAACAAUAGCUUGUCAGGAAGUCUGCCCAUGGGUUUACACUUAUUAGAGCAGAAGAUGGAUAGGCUCAUGAAUCAGUUCGAGUAUCCCGGCGAGGAGGACUGAAGGACGUUUAGGAUUCAAUUGUAUACGCUCAUCCGAGUCCUGUGCAGUUCAAGUUGUGCACAGUUAUUCCCCAUCUACUAUCCGUAUAUCUCGU